AUGAGAAGAAAAGGGGAAGUAGAUAGCCUGGGAGUGGAAUUUCACUUGAUGGUGGUCGAAAAGGCUAGCGUCAAAGCGGGGAAGAGAGAAACAACAGAAUCGAAAAGAGUUGCAGACGGUUUUGAGAGGGCCGAAGCAGAGAAGCUGGCUCUUCCACUAAUCGAUGGCAGCAAGGUGAGGAUCGUACCAAUUAUGGGUGUUGGCGUGUGUGAGCUGAUGCGAAGAGGUCUCAUCAGCGGUGGCGUGUCGUUCCAAACUGAGAGCUGA